AUGGGGGGAGGGGGGCUGCGCCACGGAAGGGGCGCCGAGGGCAAGCCAGUGUCUCCCAAUGCAGCCAAGAGACGAGAAGAGCGAGGGUGUAUGGGGGUGGUGGCCGGUGGUCCUCAACUCUCCUCAGGGAUCCCCGGUAAACACGAUAGAAGGAAGCAAGACUUCCAAACACCUGUCCAAAACAGGGAGGACAGAAACCCAGCUCCAUGGCCCCUCGAGCCCCGCCGCGCACUCUGCGGCAAAGCCCCCGACCGGAGAUGGGCGAGCCCCGCUCCGGGGUCCCGAGGCAAGAAGGGGAAGCCGGCGAGCGAGGAGCGGGGCCGGGGCGGGGGCUCCGGGGCGACUUACGGCAGCGGCGGCGAGGGAGGCAACGGCGGCCCUAGCGCGGGGCCCGGGAGGCGCGGCCGGACUGCAGAGGCGCCGAGGCUGCGGCGGGCGGGACUGCGGUGGGCGCCAUCUUGGAGCGCUCCCCGCGCCCGCCCCCCGCGCCGCCAGAGUCCUUGCAUAAUUGAUGACUCGCGCCCGCCGCGCGCCGCCGCGCGCGCCCCCGCCGCCGGGCCCCCCGCCCGCUCCGCCCCCGCGCCGACCCCCGUCGCGCCCCCCCCCCCCCGCCCCAGGCCCACCCCGGGCCCGCCCGCGCGCGCCGCCCGCCCGCGCCCGGCGGCCCACCUACCCCUGCAGGACGCGCCCGCUCGCCCGCAGCGCGCCGCGCCGCCCGCCCGCGCGCUCGCUGGCUCUCAGGCCGGAGUCCCCGCGCCGCCCAGACCGGAUCCGGGGCGAGGGAGCAGGGCGCCGGCAGGGGGCGCCGCGCCGGAGCGCCUCGCGAGCGUCCCCGGGCCCGCCUCCCCGACGCCCCCGCGGAGGCGCGCGGGAGGGGCACCCGGCGGAGCUACGGGACUCGGUCGCGGGACGACGGCGGGCCGCCUGCCAGCACCUCGGAGCUGA